AUGGAUCAUUCCCAGUGCCUUGUGACUAUAUACGCCUUGGUGGUUCUGCUGGGUCUCCGGCUAGAGCAGGGCGCCUGCCAGCACUAUCUGCACAUCCGACCGGCUCCCAGCGACAACUUGCCCUUGGUGGAUCUAAUCGAGCACCCGGACCCUAUCUUUGACCCCAAGGAGAAGGAUCUUAACGAGACCUUGCUAAGGAACCUCAUGGGCGGACACUUCGACCCUAACUUUAUGGCUAUUUCUGCGCCCGAGGACCGGCUGGGAGUGGACGAGCUGGCUGAGCUGGACUUGCUGCUCAGGCAGAGACCCUCGGGAGCGAUGCCGAGCGAAAUCAAAGGGCUGGAGUUCUACGACGGGCUGCAGCCGGGCAAGAAGCACAGGCUGAGCAAGAAGCUGCGCAGGAAGCUGCAGAUGUGGCUCUGGUCCCAGACCUUCUGCCCGGUCCUAUACACGUGGAACGAUCUCGGCAGCCGCUUUUGGCCCCGGUAUGUCAAAGUGGGCAGCUGCUACAGUAAAAGGUCUUGUUCGGUCCCCGAAGGCAUGGUUUGCAAACCUGCCAAGUCCGUGCAUUUAACGAUCCUGAGGUGGAGGUGCCAGCGCCGGGGAGGGCAGCGGUGCACAUGGAUACCCAUCCAGUACCCCAUCAUUUCGGAGUGCAAGUGCUCCUGCUAG